UAACCCCCCCCAAGAUGGCGGCGUCCAUGGCAGCGCCGAGAUUCUGGAAACCGGGUACCGACGGGCCCGACGCGAGUCUCGAUGAAGAACGGGUGAGUCCGGCGGAAGCGAGUGGAGCGGCGGUUAUUUACAAUCGAUUUGCUUCGCUCUCCGUAGAGCAACAGAGGCAGAAGCUGCCGGCCUUCAAGCACAGAAAUCACAUCCUCUAUCUGGUAGAGAGCUAUCAGACGGUGGUCAUAGUGGGAGAAACAGGAUGUGGAAAAAGCACACAGAUCCCCCAGUAUCUGGCAGAGGCUGGGUGGACAGCAGAGGGUCGAGUGGUUGGGGUUACACAGCCACGUAGGGUUGCUGCAGUUUCGGUGGCCCGACGAGUAGCUGAGGAACGUGGUGCUCUGUUAGGCCAUGAGGUUGGGUAUUCCAUCCGUUUCGAUGACUGUAGUGAUCCACAGGCAACGCGAAUAAAGUUCCUUACAGACGGGAUGCUUGUCCGAGAAAUGAUGGCAGACCCUUUAUUGAAGAAAUACAGUGUUCUCAUGUUGGAUGAAGCUCAUGAGAGAACCUUGCACACAGACAUGGCCAUCGGCUUAUUACGAAAGAUUCAGAAGAAAAGAGGUGAUCUUCGUCUCAUUGUAUCAUCAGCUACACUAGACGCAGAGAAAUUCAGAGAUUUCUUCAAUGCAAAUGAGACCAAUGAUUCCAGUAAAGAUACCUGUGCGAUUCUCACUGUGGAAGGCAGGACGUACCCGGUUGACAUUUUUUAUUCUCUGAGUCCUGCACCCGAUUAUGUGAAAGCUACAGUGGAUACUGUGAUGAAAAUCCACCAGAAUGAGAGUGAAGGAGAUGUUCUGGCAUUUCUGACUGGCCAGGAGGAAGUGGAGAAUGUGGUCUCCAUGUUGGUGGAACAGGCUCGUGCUCUCUCACGGAGCGGGCUGAAGAAACACCUCCGUGUGCUCCCCAUGUAUGCAGGCCUGCCCGCCAGUGAUCAGAUGAAAGUCUUCGAGAGAGUGUCUCAUAACUGCAGGAAGGUGGUUGUGGCCACGAACAUCGCCGAGACAUCGAUCACUAUCAACGGCAUCGUUUUCGUCAUCGACUGUGGCUUCGUGAAACUCCGGGCCUACAAUCCCCAAACCGGUAUCGAGUCCCUGGUGGUGGCUCCUGUCUCCCGAGCGUCUGCAGCCCAGCGAGCAGGACGGGCAGGACGCAAUCGUUCGGGAAAGUGCUAUAGACUGUGUACAGAGGAAACCUUUGGGACGUUGUCGGAAUCCACCGUGCCAGAGAUGCAGAGGAGUAACCUUGCUCCUGUCAUCCUUCAGCUAAAAGCCUUGGGCAUUGACAAUGUGCUGAGGUUCAAUUUUCUCUCACCUCCCCCAGCCCAGGCAAUGGUUCAGGCAUUGGAGCUGCUUUACGCACUUGGAGGUUUGAAUGAACACUGCCUCCUCACCGACCCGCUGGGCUUGCGUAUGGCAGAAUUUCCUCUGAAUCCUAUGUAUGCUAAAAUGUUACUCGAGUCGGGAAAUUUUGGCUGUUCGGAGGAGAUCCUGAGCAUCGCAGCCAUGAUGCAGAUACAGAAUGUGUUUGUGGUGCCACCAAACCAGAAGGGUCCAGCGGCCAGGGAGCACAGAAAGUUUGCGGUGGCUGAGGGAGAUCAUAUCACGAUGCUGAACAUCUAUGAUGCUUUCAUUAAGGCCAAGAAAAGCUCACAGUGGUGUCUGAAAUAUUUCUUAAACUACAAGGGACUUGUUAGAGCCACCACAGUCCGAGAGCAACUGAAGAAGUUACUGUCUAAAUUCAAAGUGCCCAAGAACUCGUGUGAAGGUGACCCCGAUCCUAUCCUGCGCUGUAUAGUUUCAGGAUUUUUUGCUAAUGCGGCCAAACUUCAUUACACUGGAGCCUACAGGACAAUUCGAGAUGACUAUGAGUUGCACAUCCAUCCCACCUCAGUGCUGUAUGGAGAGAAGGAACCAAAGUGGGUUGUAUUCAAUGAGGUUGUGCAGACGUCCAGAUACUUUAUGAGGGAUGUGACCGCAAUCGAAUCUUCGUGGUUGGUGGAGUUAGCCCCACAUUUCUAUCAACAAGGAACAUCGCUCUCUCAGAUGAAAGGAAGCAAGAAAGCAAGACUUGCCUGAUGAUAAAAAUACACUCCGCAUUUACAUCUGGAGGAUGCCUCCCCAGGAUUUACUGUAAAGUGUAGUGACUGUGUUCUUAGUAGGUGAUUGUGGCAGCGAAUUUGCCCACCGCAAUACCUUACAACCAGCCAUGAAGGGAACGUUCGUUUUCACUUGGGGGGGGAU